UUCUAGGAUGAAAGAUCCAGGCUUCAAAUCAUGACUAUUGUUCCGUGUUGUAAGAUUCGGUUGAAAGAUUCAGGGUUGUAAGAUUCAGGCUGGUAUCAAGGCCCUUUGAUAUCUUUUUGUGACUCCCAACUUCAGGAAGAUUCGGUUGUUGUUUUGUCCAGGUUUGGUGUUGGUGAAAACCUGGACCCAUACAAAGUUGUGAAUCAUGCUUAUAAGAUUAACUUUUGUAGAAUUACAACUGUUAGACCUGCUGUUGGUUGGGAAGGUGUUGAAUACGGUUUUAAGCUGAUCUCACAUUCACUUAUUGACAAAGGAGAAUGCCAAGACCUUUUGACUGUUGAUGUUGCUGGUACUGUCCUUUCCUGUAGUGAUAUGGACACAUAUGAAAAAGCUCAUAAAGAAAGGAAAAGGAUCAACUUUGAACUCCAAGAUGUGGAUGGUAAUAUAGUGGGUUGUACGUCGUGGAAUGAAUAUGCCCAACAGUUCAAAGAUUUCUUGGAUAUAAAAAACCCGACUGAGUCUGUAAUGGCUGUCAUUCAGCACGGAAAGAUUAAUGAAUGGCAUGAAAUCGAUGAAGUGUUUCAACUCAGGAAGAGCCUUUUGGUACAACAAGGCCAAGCUGGUGGUUCUUCUUCUCAAUCGAUACUGUCAUCUACAACUGUUUUUCCUGUCCGGCAAGAAUUUCUGAUAGAUUACCCGAAGAAGAAUGUUGACGACAUUAUUGAGAUUGAAACGACAAUGUCAUGUGUGGUAGUUGCAACCAUCAAGAUUGUUCAAGAAAACUAUGGUUGGUUUUAUCCUGCUUGUCGAAAGUGUUUUAAGAAGGUGCUGACUAAAACUGAGUAUUUGCAAUAUGCUCAAACUAUUGCGGAGUCGGUGAUGAACCUGGCGCCCACUUCUUUGGUCUGUCCCAAGUGUGAAGAAGAAUGUACAUCCGUAACCAUCAAGUUCAAGGUUCAUGUGAGGGUUCAAGAUGAAACUGGUAGUGUGACGUUUGUAAUGUUUGAUAAAGAUGUUAUGAAGAUUGUUGGUUCAAGUGCAAGUGACAUAAGGGAACACCAAGUGAAGUCUAAUGAUACUCAAAGUUUUCCAUUUGAGCACACUCAGUUUCUUGAAAAGAAACUGGCGUUUAAGGUUGACAUUACGCAAUACAAUCUUAAUCAUGACUAUCGUGUUUACACAGUCCAAAAAAUAUGUGACGAUCCGGAUAUAUUAGAUGAACUGGUUGCGGAUAAUGUUGUUUCGCGUGAUGGUGAUGUUGCUGACGAGGUAAGUCAAGAAGUUUGGGACUCGAAAGCCGUGCAACUAUCUGAAGAUUCACAGAGGGCCGGUGACUCGAUCUCCAACCGACUCUUCCGUCGUUGAAGUAGAGAAGGAUUCAGGAUCCAGUCCGAAUGGCAAGAGAAGCGUUCAGCAAGUGGAAGGGUUAAAUGUUGGUGAACUAUCUUCGAACAACAAACGAAACCGCAAGAAGCCAUCUAAGUUUAACAGUUAGAAGAUUAGAAGUGUUUGUUAUAUUUUGGUGUUUGUUUAAAUGUCUUUUGGUGAAUGGAUUUUUAAGUAAUGGUUUGUUGAACUGGUUUUUAUGUUUUUGGUUUGGUAAGCUUUUGAAACCGGAUUAUGUAAGGAUGUGUAUGUACUUUUGAAAACAUGUACUAUGUAUUA